UCAGGCGCCGAAGCCUCGAGUCGGUCAGCGGAUCGAGUCCUCGCGCGAUCCUCGUUCGGCCUCGGCGGGAUUCAUUAGUAUGAGGUUGACUGGAAACCCUGGAACAUCGGGGUUGCUGCCUUGAUUAUUUAUUUAAUUAGUGCCUAGAUUCUCUGAUAUCUCAUCCAAUAUACAAUUUAUAAUUCGCUGUCGCCUUGCGCCUGGUUGCCGAUAUCCACCGAAUUAGAACCUUGUAUAUACGUAUACCAGGGAUAGGUUUAAUGUCCCUGAUCCCCCUCCGAGACGGCUACCUGGCCCAUCCUUCUUCGACGCAUACGCGCACAAGGCUCACCGGCCCUCGCCUGCGCGCGCUUGUGUUCCAGUGAGGGCGCGCGCGCCAUACCAUCCCAACACCCUCCCAUCCUCACCGACUCACGCACAUCCUGACUAUAUAUCAUCAUCGGCGACUCCCGAAAACUCGAACAUGGGAAAUUCCUUUGGCGAGGGUGGCAGUCUUCCCGUCUACGCCAUGCGCCGCAAUCGAUAAGGGACAGCAGCGGUUGCAGCCGGAUCGAGUGGUGCUGCUUCUUAGUGGAAUCUGGUCUUGCUCGAGUGAGCCCUCGGAAAGGAACGAAGAGGAGGUACCGGGAGAAGAGACUGAAGAGAGAUCAUAAAGUGAGGAAACUGGAUAACAAGAAUAUAUAAGGCGUCCUUCUAUCGAGUCAAUUAUUGAGAUCCUGAGGAAGUCCGAUCUCGAUGACAAUUUGGUGCUUCAGGGCCGGCCGGAAGGAACGGCCACGAGGAAGAGGACGACCCGAAGAGAUAGACCGAGCGUAAUUAUAAGGAACGAAGGAAGGUGGAGAGCAGGUAGAAAAUAAUAAAGCUAGCAUUUAAAAGCAGUGUUAUAACCUUUAGUGGUAGUUUUGGUGCUGGUGGUGGUGUUCGUGGUGGUGCUCUAGUGGAGGUGGUUGGUAGUGACAGUGAGAAAGAAAGGUAAAGAGGGAGAGAGAGGAAUUUCGAUGAUUCGUAUGGGUCUAGUAGGGCCGCUCGGAGCAAGCGGAAGUCACGCUCAUGGAACUGACAGGAAGCUCACUACCAAUCGGCAAACUUCGACGACUCUCGACUGACAAACCGAGAACCUCGUCUAGGAAGAUUCGAGAUUGCGGUGGCAGUGCUGCUGCUGCUGCUGGAGGAGGCGUCGGGGGCCGCCGAUUCUUCGUUGUCUCACGAGCUAUUAAUCAAAUGAAUACGGACAUUGCGAAAAUGUCAAACCACGUGUCUGUCCGCCAUUGACAGUCACGCAUCCCGAUACCUGGAUUCAUUAAGGGCAAUCCCAAUAAAAUCCUCCGCACGAACGAUCGCAGCGCCAUCAUGGCAGCGGAUCCGAUCUCGACAACCUCAUCAGCGCUCGCAGUCCCUUUGAACUAUUGAGAAAUCGACCUGACCAUGAGAGCUGUACCGACCUGAAUGGACCUCGUGACAGUGAGCUAUACUAAAUUUCGAAUAACUCGAGCGAGCUUGUGUCUCGUCACGCUUCAUUUAUUUGUCGCGUCGACUCGAGUGAACUCGGCUGAAUUGGAGCGAAGGUUCACGCAUCGCGGGGCAUUGCGACGCACGGCAUCGUAAUUGAAAUUUCGCGACUGGCGAUCUGAGAGGGAGCAGUGGUCGGAUGAAAGAUCACAAAGGGGUUCAUUGAUGCUGGACUGACUGUCGUUUUUUUGAAAUUAAAAAAGAAAUAUAUAUAUAUAUACAGCAGCUGCCAGAUUGUCGGGACGAUCGAUACGCCUAAAGAAAGCAGUGGUUGAUAUCGUCAUAAGUUUUUACGUUAUAUUAAUACGGUCGAGCCUUAAGGAAAUGCGGAUCUCGCAUCCGGGGGAAAGAGUGAGAGGUGCUAGAGGUGAGACUGAGAAUCGGGAACGUCUUCCUCUUAACGGUCCUCAGAUUCGAUAUGAGGACUCGGCGGUGGCAGCAUCCGAAACGCGGCACUCCUUGUCUUCCCAGUGAAUCUGCAAGGAUAUUCAGAGUUCACUUACCUGUGUCGUCAUCGUUAUUGACAUCGUCAUUGUCAUCGCCAUUGUCAACAAGAAUCCCAUCGGUAGUCUCAUUCGCUCGUGGACAAGAUAAAGAAAAGGAUCUCUCGUCCGACAGACUUGAUCUUGACCCUCGCCUUCACAUGACCGGCUCGUCGUUAAAUAACACAGUCUGGGUAAAAAUACGCCGUCCGUCCAUCUGUCAGUCAGUCCGUCCGGAAGUCAGUCUGUGUACAGAAUCGAUAACGAUACAGCAAGAGGAGGAGGAUCUCCUUCAGGACGAAGAGAAGUUAUAGAGAGUGAAAGAGUGAAAAAAAAAGUGAGAAGUGAUAUCGAGAAGAUAAGGUGGAAGCGUGACGACGAGGACGACGCCGACGACGACGACGCCAUCGAGAAGAAAGAGGAAGCCGCCCCCGCCGCCGCCGACCCCCCCGCUGGUCGGCGAGGAGACGGUGGGAAGACGGAUAGCACGUGGCGAGUGUCGCGAACGAGAGAGACGGCUAAGGAGAGCAGUAGAAGAGGAGGACGAGGAAGCGGAAGAGGAGGAGGCGAGGACGGUGAAGAAGAGGAAGAGGAAGAGGACGAAGAGGGAGGAUCGCAAGGUGGCAAUAAGGUUGGAAGAAAGUGAAUGUGAAUUUUGUGAAAUUGAAGUGACGCCCAAGAAACCGGAAACGACAGUCUUCGUAGAGUCAGCAAGAUCGAUCAUCAACAAAGACAGUACUGACAUCCGGGCAAAUACUAGGUGUAAGAGGAGCGGCCGUUCUAUAAAAUAUCGUGUACCAUCCCCUUGUAAGAGGGGGUGGACGCCGUCAGCGCCGUCAGCGUGGGUGUCGGCGGAAGUGCCGGGGCUCGAUUGGCCCGCCGGCUCGCCCGCAGACUAGCACGCCGCUUCGCGAGCUCUUCGGGCCUUACGGGCCCCAGGCGUCGAUCGCGUCGAUCGCGUCGAUCCAGCAUGGCCACAACAAUAACACCAUCGGCGCUGCCAGCGACCCCCGAUACGGACGCGCCACCCGUUACGGCCCUCGUGGCCGAAUCCAUCCCAGCUGCGGCCGCGUCGAUGCUACCAGGAGAACAGUUCGGCUCUGGCAACAACUCAAGCCCCUCGACCCGUCCUCAUCGUACGACCUCAAGUUCCAGCGCCCACUCCAAUUCCAGCUACCCAAAUCGGUCGCGAGGACGAGCCAUGUCCACCAGGAGUCUUCAUCGACGGGUUUCCCAUCCUUGUCACGGAGUCGAGAAUCCAAAUGGCACAAAGUGCGAGCAACUUCCGUCCCGGAAGCUUGAAACCUCCUGGCCGUUCUCGUUGGAGGGCGAAGGCGGCGGAGGUGGCGGCCGUGCCAUAUCAGUCUGUGGUGCCGCUGGCGGUGGCGGCGUUGGUCCAGGUGGCGGUAGCGCUGGCGCUGGGGGUGGCGUCGGUGGUGGCGGGGUCGGAGGAGGAGGAAGAAGGGCGCCUAGUCUUCGGCUGGUGAACGGAAGGACCACCACUGGUAUCGGGCUCCACACCAGCAGCACAGAGUCCGUCAGGUCGCCGCAUCACAAUCUUGGACAGCAGAACAACAACAACGUCCUGGUCAGCAGCACGAGUCACGUGCACAACAACAAUUACAACAACAGCAGCUACCAUUACGGCAACAACAACAACAGCAAUCUAUACAACAACAACAACAACUGCCACGUUGGGAACAAUCCCGCCGCGAACAAUUAUCCGCGGCUGAACAAGGAUGACAGCAUCAAGAUCAGCAUCGAGAACACCAACACGUGCACCGACAGCCUCGUCACAGCACUAGACGACGAGACUCUACUUAUUACCGAUUUCCUUGGCGAUACCGGCAACGAGAUGAAUUACAAGGGAAGCGGUAAGGUCCACUUCGGGGUGGACGAUGUCUCCCUGUACGGGACCCCGAAGGAGGAGCUGGGUCCUGGGAUACCGGGACAGGAAGUCAAACAGAGCUUCCUCAAGAACCAGCUGCAAGCUCUGUUCCAGCCCACGGACAACAAGCUUGCCAUGAAACUAUUUGGCAGCAAGAAGGCUCUGAUGAAGGAACGAAUACGACAGAAAGCUGCUGGUCAUUGGGUCAUUCAUCCGUGUUCGAAUUUUCGGUUCUACUGGGACUUGUGCAUGUUGUUGCUGCUGGUAGCGAAUCUUAUAAUCCUGCCGGUUGCCAUUAGCUUCUUCAACGACGACCUCAGCAUCCGGUGGAUAGCCUUCAACUGUCUCUCGGACACUAUCUUCCUCAUCGACAUCGUCGUAAACUUCAGAACGGGCAUAAUGCAACAGGACAACGCGGAGCAAGUGAUACUGGAUCCAAAACUCAUCGCCAGGCACUACCUCAGGACGUGGUUCUUCUUAGACCUCAUAUCCUCGAUACCGUUAGACUACAUAUUUCUCAUAUACAAUCAGUUUCAGGACUACAGCGAGUCCUUCAAGAUCCUUCAUGCAGGCCGAGCCCUCAGGAUCCUCAGGCUGGCGAAGCUUCUCUCCUUGGUCCGGCUGCUGCGACUCUCGAGACUCGUCCGAUACGUCUCCCAGUGGGAGGAAGUCUAUAUACCCCUUUACCAACAGCCGGAGAGGCACUACGAGCGUCGGGCGACACCGCCGCAACCCGACCGAACCAGCAAGAUAUUGCAGAACCUACAAAAAAAACGCACUGAGCGGAGGGGGCGCCUAAGCUCUGACAAUAUGAAUAAAAAGAAGUCCGGUUUCAGCAAAAGCGACCUUAUUUUUAAGUUCCUGAACAUGGCUUCGGUCUUCAUGCGAAUCUUCAAUUUGAUCUGCAUGAUGCUCCUGAUUGGCCACUGGAGUGGCUGUCUGCAAUUUCUCGUACCGAUGCUUCAAGGAUUCCCUAGUAACUCCUGGGUGGCGAUUAACGAAUUGCAGGGAUCGUUCUGGCUCGAACAAUAUUCCUGGGCACUUUUCAAAGCAAUGUCGCAUAUGCUCUGCAUCGGGUAUGGAAGAUUUCCACCACAGUCAUUAACUGACAUGUGGUUGACUAUGCUCAGUAUGAUCAGUGGCGCCACCUGUUACGCACUAUUUCUUGGACACGCCACCAAUCUUAUACAAUCCUUGGAUUCGUCGCGUAGACAGUAUCGCGAGAAGGUGAAGCAGGUGGAAGAGUACAUGGCCUACCGCAAGUUGCCGAGGGAGAUGCGACAACGAAUCACCGAGUACUUUGAGCAUCGUUACCAGGGCAAAUUCUUCGACGAGGAACUCAUCCUCGGUGAACUCUCGGAGAAGCUCAGAGAGGACGUCAUCAACUACAACUGCAGAUCUCUCGUAGCCUCGGUGCCGUUUUUCGCAAACGCAGACUCAAACUUUGUCUCGGACGUUGUCACGAAAUUGAGAUACGAGGUCUUUCAACCAGGUGACAUCAUUAUCAAGGAAGGUACCAUUGGCUCGAAAAUGUACUUUAUUCAAGAAGGCAUCGUCGAUAUAGUAAUGGCUAACGGCGAAGUCGCCACGUCCUUAACCGACGGCUCGUACUUCGGUGAGAUCUGUUUAUUGACCAAUGCCAGAAGAGUGGCGUCGGUUCGCGCCGAAACGUACUGCAAUCUCUUCAGUCUCUCGGUGGAUCACUUCAAUGCCGUUCUCGAUCAGUAUCCGCUCAUGCGUCGUACAAUGGAGAGCGUUGCCGCCGAGAGGUAUAAGCUUUGGUUGAACAAGAUCGGAUGGAAUCCUAACGUGGUUGGACAUCGCGAGGAGGAUCUCGGAAGCGAAUCGAAAACUAUAAAUGCAGUGGUGAACGCCCUGGCGGAGCAGGCCGCGCACGCUAGCGCCAGUGAAGAAACGGUGCACAGUAUGGAGCUGAGGACACUUCCGGGGUGUAUGCUACCACGGCCAAAGUCGGAGAACAAUUUCACGAGUCAGGAACUCACGCGCGAGGGACGUAGGAUAUUUCACAAGAGCGACACCUUCCACAAGGACUCGUAUCAAUGACGACACUCCAUGUACUAGCGUACGCAGAGAUACUGAGGAAUGCGUCGGAUCUGGUGAACCGACGCCCCUCGCCAAGUCGUCGAACCGCUAGUCACACGAGGUGGAAAAACCUAUGGCGCAAUCACAUUCAGUAUCCCUGCAUCGGUCGCGGACUUUAUCAAUCCCGUCGCUAGGGGCGCUGCUGGACCGAACAAUUUAAAUAUUGCCUACGUGGUAAUUCCCGCCGAUAACGAUGACCAAGAAAUCAUAAUAGUGCUGGUCGAAUGAGAGAGAGAGAGAGAGAGAGAGAGAGAGAGAGAGAGAGAGAGAGAAAUUUAUAAUGGAAUCGAAGAGGAUAAACGCCCACCUCAAGAACCGUGUUAACUUGUUGAGAGUUCUUGGGGAGACUUUCUUUCUUUUCGCGAAAGAACAAAAGAAAAGUCGUGGUUGCGAAUUAUACGUGUUCAGUGCGGUUGAAACUAUACGAAUUUCUUUCCAAAGGCAAAGAGAAAGAAUAACGAAGGGUUAGACGCUGAUGCACUAUAUACUUUACAUGUAUAUACGGUGAGAUCGUGGUGCGGGAAAAGGAGUAGGAGCAUAGUAAAAAAAAAAAAAAGAAGAAAAGAAAGAAGAGGAGCUAUAAAUACUGCGUUAUUAUUUAUUAGUACCUAAUACGAAUAAUCGUUAUCGUUGCAACGACCUCCGCCGCCAAUAGAAACCAAGAAAAAAGGAAACGGAAAAAUGAAGCGUUAAUGUACAUACAGUGCGUAUACAAAAAUACGAAUGCGAUACGAAUGAUGGCGGACGCGUUAGCGUUUAAGGGUAACGUGUGACGCGGCACGAAUACGUCUAGUGAGAGAAAAAAAAACAAAAAUUAUAAUCUACGAGUAGAAUCGACAGGACGUCGUCGACGGAUUACCGACGGCGACGCUGUACGACAGCCUGCCUGCCUACCUUGCCUACCUGCCUAUCUACUCGACUGGUCCGCCAGUCUGCUGUCACGCUAUCCACACACGAGCCUGUCUGGCUGCCUGGUUGCUUCGACAUACGUUCACGUACACACACGCGAAAACACCCCCGGAAAUUGGUCCGCCCUCACGUGGAUAAGAAAAGUAAAAAAAUGGUUAAAUACAAAAAAAAGUAACGUAAGAACAUCACCACGAAAGCGAUAGAUCUCACGUAAUUAUUUUAUUAGCGAAAAUACUCGGGUUCGCGAUUUGUAUACAAAUCCAGUGGUCGACUCUGCCUUUUUAGAAAUUGUUGAGGAAUGGCCCGCUGCGGUACGUCAUAGGGUUCUCCAUUGUGACGCGUGACGUCUUAUACGAUUAACACGUCUUAAUUAAAGGUACGCGCAAGAGCCUAGAUGAAAAUUGUACGCCAAUGUAUUUGCACGAAAGCCGCUCUCUUCGUGGAACGAAAGUAAACUGCAAGUGUUCUUGUUUCUCUCAGCAGUAUAGAAUCCGUCUCGUAUCCCUCGGGGUAGUAUGAUGUUAAAAAAUGAAAGAAAUUGUUGUAUAUGAAGAGUACACGGGCGUAACACGUACAUGGACGAAGAGAGACCCAUCUCCAUAUGCACUACGCGUAACUGACGCACGCAUGCGGCAUUGGUGCGUUUUUCUGUUGAUAAGAGACGGGCACUGGCAUAGUGCGUUGGGGGGUGUUUUUAGAAUUUGGCGUUAUUAUCAGUAGUGGGUCAGGGGGGAGGGCGGUCACCACGUGCUAUAGCUCUCUCGAAUUUCGAAAGUAAAACAGGAAAUUAUUAUAGUUGCAAUUGUCGUUUAUUGCCGCGAAUCCUCUUACCGCCUAUUUUAUCAAACGAAUAGCGAAUAAUGGACAGAAGAAAGAAAAUGAAAAAAAAAAAUUGAAACAAUGGCACGUACGUACACACGCGCGGUACGUAAGCGCUCUAGUUGACAGAAGAAACGUGAGGAGAAAAGAAAUGAAUAAUUAGGUUUACUGAGAACGCGUAGCGUUGUAGCGAAUUUGCUAACAAUUAAUGUACAUGCUGUAGAUAAGAGUAGAGUAGGUGGGGCUGGAGAAGAGGAGGGAGAGAGAGAGAGUGAGAGUGCGAGAGGAUUAUAAGAAUGUGUGAGAGUGAGAGAGAGAGAGAGAGAGAGAGAGAGAGAGAGAGAGAGAGAGAGAGAGAGAUAAAAGCAGAGCCAAUGCCGUGCAUUAAAUAUGGACGCUCUCUUGGGUACCAGUGACGUAGAGAAAAUGAAAGAUUGAAGAAUUUCGAAAACUGCAUAACAGCCGUUGUCGAAGAGUUGCGAAAAUUAGUGAAUGCUGAGCUUUGUUUAGAGCACGUUUAGUCCAAGCGAGGUUUUCGCGAUUUACCAUAAUAAUGACGUCAGGCGUGACGCCAUUGAUUUCGCGAAAUAGCUUCUCCCUCUCGUACGAGGGAGACUCGUGAAUCGUGAAAGGAGUGGAAGAAAAAAAACAUUGUUUUGCGCGAUUAGAUGGGAAGUCAGAGAGAGAGAGAGAGAGAUAGAUAGAUAGAUAGAGAGAGAGAGUCCUCUUUUUACUCGUACGAGAGAAAAAAGAAAACAUGCGUAGCAAAAGCCUUGUAUAAAGAAAUCACCCUAGCGUCAAUUUCCUACGUGUAAUACACGCGCACAUACGUUAAAGUACUUGCGAUUAUGGGAACGCAGUACAACGCGCACGUAGGCAUACACAGAUUACUUGUGCAAAACACACACACACACACACACAAAAACACACACUGGUCUCACUGUCGGGUGAGACUGAUAAAACACUCAAAGACGUAUGGUUAUACAGAGUGAGAGAGAGAGAGAGAGAGAGAGAGAGAGAGAGAGAGAGAGAGAGAAGGAGGGAGUAGAGAAUAGAGAGUAGAGAGAGGGAGAAAAAAAAUUAAUUCAUAAGAUGCAUUACGUCGUAUGAAAAUGCGUGCGCGCGCACGUAAAUAAUAAAUUGAGAAUGAAGAUGGCGGCGCAAUCGCGGCCGCGACUAGAUUCAAUUAACUAGAUGAGAAAAGUCUUCGAAGCCUCGUGACACUCUAACAAUAGUAAAACUGAUACGCGUAUGUAAUAUGUAAAUCCGCGCGUACGCUAGAGACAAUGCGCGCUCGCGUUAUUCUAUGGAAAGUCGUUGAAUCAUACUGUUUUUACUGCUUCGUACACUGUUACUCGUGCCCGAAGUGGAUCGCGUCCUGUGUCUCUCGAUCGACCCGCCAUUUCUGGGAGUUGCGUCGGGCAUCCGUCCGGUGGCGCCACUAACGCAUCGUGGUAACCGAACGAACGACGUCUUUUCGUAUGCUUCCUCCUUGCUCGAACUUGUCAUCCUUAAUUUUGAUUACAUUGUCAUUUACCAUAAAUAUCGUAUCUUUUCUUUUUCAUUUUGGCAUUCAUUUAGCGUUAAACUAUCUACUGUAAUACUCCCCUUGCAAUAAUGUUACGGGAUCACAGGAGGUGAUCCGCGCUCAGGCACCUUUAAUAUACUUGCCAUAACGAAUGCCUUAGCCAAUGUAAUUGUACACACGGUGAAGAGAAGGAGAUGGAAAGAGAUAAAAGUAUCGAACGAGGAGAGAGAGCGAGGGGAAAGAGAGUGAGUUAGAGUGAAAGAAUGAAACGAAUAAUAAAAGGAAUGCGACGCGCAUCCUUCUGCGCAUAUCUCAUUGUGUUAAGUGAAACAGAGUGCAAAAUGCCUGAGACAGAAUCAGGCUCGUAGAAUCUUCGCUAGGCGUUCCAAUCUCCCCCGGUAUUGAGCUAUUGAGCUAGUGAGCCUGCGAGCUCGCGAACGAUCAUCAAUCCUAUUAGAGAAUGAAAGUGGAAUGCAUGUGCGAGUGCCUGCGGUGCAUCAUACGUGUGAUUGAGCUGGAGGUGGGAGAAGGGGAUGUUUGAGCUCUUUGGUUUGCGGCUGGUAAGCCUGAUCGAAUAAAAUUCUUGACUGAUUAAUCCGAAGAUGACAGCUUGAAAUUCGUAGAUGGAAGAAAUAUCUGACGUUGAACGGAUGCAUUGUCGUUUUAGUUCUUUAUCCUUAUCAUUUAUUUUUACUUUUAUUUCUAUCGGUUGUUAAACUUAUUGAAUAUACUUAAGACUAUUCCGACAGGGUGUUGACAUGGUAUAUCGCGCUAUGAGUAUUUCUCUCAUGCGAUACGAUUCAACCUAUAGAAUGACGCAAUAGCGAGAGUGAGAUGCUAGAAAUAACGCACCUGCUAAAGGAUUGAGAAAGAAGCUUUUCACAUUGAUGAAAGAUAAAGUAUAUAAUUUAAAUGUCUUAUUUUGCAAAUCAAUCUUCGGCAGAAGUGUCGAUCGGAUUAUGUUAUCAUUGUUUUAUUAUAUACUUCUGAAAUACAAUAUAUGAUUCAUUUGAAUGAG